GAUGAUCGCGCGUAUUCCAGUAAUAGCGCUACGACAAUGAAGUGUAAAAACUGUGGUUGCUCUAAUUUAGAGGAAGAUCGCGCACGGGCUGACUUAAUAUGUUCCGACUGUGGGAUGGUUAUGGGAGAAAAUGUUAUUGCAUCGGAAGUGGAAUUUGUCGAAACCGGUACUGGUCAGUGUGCUGCAGUCGGUCGUUUUGUCUCAGACGAAAGUCAGGCAGGAAAUUUCAAGGAGUCACGACAGGCAACAGAAAAUAAAGCUCGUCGAAGGAUUGACACUAUUUGUGGCCAGUUACGCCUAGGCAAUGACACAGCUGUAUCUGCCUUCCGUUAUUAUCAAAGCGCACUUUUUCGUGGGCUAACAAGAGGUCGCAGUGCCUUUACAGUUGCUGCAGGUUGUAUUUAUUUAGCAGCUCGCCAGUUGCGUGUCAAUUUGAUGUUACUAGACCUGAGCGAUGCAGUGGGUGUUAAUGUUUACGUCCUUGGUCGUGUUUAUGCAGACUUGAAGAAGCGACUAAAUCUAGCAAUACCAGAAAUGGAUCCUUGUAUAUAUAUCGACCGUUUCGCUAGCCAGCUAGAGUUUGGAGAUAAGGUGUCAGCAGUUGCUACAACUGCUAUGCGUUUACUACAAAGAAUGAAAAAAGAUUGGAUCGCUACUGGUAGAAGACCCAGUGGAUUGGCUGCAGCAGCGCUACUUGUUGCUGCUCGCAUUCAUGAAUUCAAUAGAACAGAAGAGGACGUAGCUCGAAUUGCUCGAAUAAGCCAAAGUACUGCUCGGAAGCGUUUAGAAGAAUUUGGUCGCACUCCAUCAUCUGCUCUUAGCAUCGAAGCAUUUUUUUCAGUUGAUUAUACGGAGGAACAAGACCCACCAGCAUUUGUUGCUUCAAUGAAACAGGAAGAUGAGAAGAUAAAAAGUAUGUCAGAGGGAACGAUGGCUCGUAUUACUAUGGAAAUAUCAGAAUUAGAACGUCGUAUAGAUAGUGAAUUACAAAAACUGGCUGGAAAGUAUACUGCACGUACUAUUUCUUCACAACUUUCCAAAAUAGACGUUGGUUGCUCCAAGGGUGUACACCAUUUACUAGCUGAGACAGAUUCACUCAAAACAUUUGAACUUCUAAAUGACUUACAAAAGUUACCUAAUAAUAGUGUUGAUUGUGGCAAUACAGUUACUACUAGUACUACGACAACGACAACAACAACACCUAUUACAGUUGAUAAUGUUUUGAAUCAAUCUAAAACUGGUCAAGUUCGUGGAAUAUUACGUGAUGUCUUAGAUGGUUUAAUUGAACCAGAAUUAUUAGAUAGUUGUGUUGAAGAUUUGCAUAUUUUAACUCAACAUUCUGGUACUAAAAUGUGUCAACUUUUGGCCGAAGCUGAAGAGCAUAGAAAUUUGGCUUCCGUAAGUAGUGAGCAAAAACAAAUAAUACAAAAUGCUGAUUCUAAACCAUCUGACAUUGAAGAAACAAGCAUCACUGAAACAAAAUCAAAAGAUACAACGGGCUUGAAAUUGCCGGUUUUCAUUUCAUCAGCAACUAUUACUACAAAGAAAGAAAAUAAAGUCGAAGAUGAUGAUACUUUGUAUACUGAAGAUAUUGAUGAUGAAGAAUUAGAUCGAGAGUACUUACUUCAACCUAGAGAAAUAAUGUUAAAAGCAGCUAUUUGGUUCAAAGCAAAUGCAGAGCAUCUGGAACUGUCAAGAAAACGGAAAUUAGCUAAAUUACAAAAGCAACAACAAGAACAACACGAAGAUACUAAAGGUGGUUCUAAAAAGCGUAAGACUAUCAAUCGUAAUAAUUAUGCAUCAACAAAAACAAAUCGUAAUGCCUUUCCCAGAACAGAAGAUGCAAAACCGAUAUCUCGUAAAAUUAAUUACGAAGCACUUGAAGCAGUUGUUGGCCUUUCAACAACCUGUCCAUCAGUUGAUUUGGUCAAUAAUAGCUGUAAAACUGUAUCGGCGACUGAUGUUGACAUUGUCACUGAACCAAGACCUGGGCCACUACUUGCAUCCACGUUAUGUGAUAAUGAUAAUUCUAAAGAUUUAUUCAAAUCACCUAAGCAUAUUCGAGAUAACAGUAAACACAAGUCACUUGCAUCUUCUACGAAUUUAAAAACUUUAUCCAAUGUUAACGAUAAUGAUAAAAGUGCAGUAAAAGCUCAAGAUUUGGAUGCUAACAACAAUAAGCUUGAAGUUGAAGAGAUGAACGACAAUGAAGCAGAAGAAGAGGAAGAUGAACAAAAUAUUGAUGAGAACAACAUGUAUAAUUCAUAUUUACCUAAUUAUAGUCAUGGAAUAGAUGAUGAGGAUGAUGAUAUAGAAUGGUCUACUGGUGCUGAAUUAUGGUGACUAAUAGAUUUAUCACUAAACAGCAAUAAUAUCCCGAGUGUAUAUAAAUGUAUAAGUAUAUGUGUAUUUAUGUAUUUAAAUAUCCCUUGUUUGUUUGUUUGUUUACAUUACUUAUUUGCAUUUGAUUUCACAUGUUGUUCAUUGAAUUGUAAAAUAUUAUCAUAUACAAUACAUAAUUUUGUUCUAACUUUAGUAUUUAAUAUCUGAGCGUCUAAUAAUUCUUUUAUACAACUUAUUUACUUUUGAAAAUAACCAAAAGAUGAUUUUUCACAUCUCUGUCAUUAUGUUAAUUUUAUAAAUGAUUAUUCUAAAUAUUUAUUGUUCUAUUAAACUAUUUUCUAUUUAUUUUAUAGAUUAUUAAAUUAUUUGUUUCAA